GGGACUUCGCCCGGCAGCCGUGGGCAGGGCUGUGGAAGUGGGAGGAGGAGGUGGAGCCUCCUUUUUCUAGGGCAUCUGUCACUUGCCCAGGGGCAUCACCGGGCUCUACCCUGCCAGUGUGCGAGGAGCGUGAAGCUGGGGCCUGUUCCCUGGACCUUGAGGAGCGCAUCUGAGACUUUUCCAGGCCUAUGUCGCUGGCCCCCCAGAAUCCGGAACAUGGCAGAUGGGGCGCAGGCCAACCCCAAAGGGUUCAGGAAGAAGGUGCUGGUUAGAUGCUGCUCUGGGUGGAGGGAUCCAAGCAGCAGGGCCUCUUCUCCUUCCAGAACAUUCAGGUCCAGCCUGGGAGUGAAGUUCUUCGCCAUCGCCGUCCUGGCUGGCAAUGUUCUGUCCGCAGCCCAGGGCAGCCUGCUCAACCUGAAGUCCAUGGUGGAGACCACCACAGGCCGAAGUGCAAUCCUGUCCUUUGUGGGCUACGGCUGCUACUGCGGGCUGGGGGGGCGUGGCCUGCCCAUGGAUGAGGUAGACUGGUGCUGCCACGCCCACGACUGCUGCUACCAGAAGCUCUUCGACCAAGGCUGCCGCCCCUACGUGGACCACUACGACUUCGGCAUGGAGAACGACACCGUGAUUGUCUGCAGCCAGCUCAACGAGACGGAGUGUGACAAGCAGACGUGUGAAUGUGACAAGAGCGUGGCUCUGUGCCUCAGGGAGCAGACGUACAGGGAGCAGCACCGCGGCUACCUCAACAUUUACUGCCAGGGCCCCACGCCCAACUGCAGCAUCUACGACCCGCCCCCGGAGUUCAUCUGCGGACACGGCUUCCCGUGACCCCUGCCCCGCCCCAGCGCUUCCGAGGUCUGAGAGCCAAGUGGGAAGCGGGUCUGUCCCGGGGCCAGACAGAUGGAGCAGAAAGGGUAGGGCCCGGGCAGGAGCCCAGGUGCCCGGUGGCCCUCCCCAGGGCCCUGCAGCAGGCCUGGCCCCAGAGGACUCGGGAGCCUGCCCCUGCCUGUGACCACAGGCUGGUCCCACAGAGCUCUGGGCACGGCUUCACCCCGGUGCUGGUCCUGGACUUGGUGGGAAGCACAUGGCUUGUUGGGGUCUCCCCUGAGUGUGGAAGUCAAGGCCCGGGAGAUGGGAGUGCGUCCUCUCUGCCGGCCCCAGCUCGGCUCCCUGACCUGGCCCUUGGGCCUCCAGCACGUGCUUGGCUGUUUCCUGGGACCCGGUUCCCAGGCAUCGACGGGGCUGUGAGGCCUGGCUUCUGGGGUCCCUGGCCAGCCCUGCAGGAUGAUUAGGAUGAUUCUUCUGUGCUUUGGGGGCGUGUGAGCCCAUUAACACAGCAGGUGGCCCCACCCACCUCCACGUGCAGGCCCACAGGGCAGCUACCAGCCCCAGAACCCCUGUUGCUCGAAGUGCCUCUGAGCAGACUCCUGAGCCCGCAUGCAUCCAGGGAUCAGGUGCAGGAUGUCAUCCCUUGAGCAUACAGGGACAGGAUGGGGACACAGCCCAAUAUACCCACCCCCACAGCUCCUCUCCUCACCGACUGACCCAGCCCCCACCGAGGACACCACUCGUCUGAGGAGGACUCUGAGCACCCCCGACAGGGAGCGUGCAGGGCCCAGCCCUCCAGGCCCUCCCUGAAGCUGCCAGAGGCAGGAAAGCAGGCCCCCGUCUCCCUAAGAGAGUCAGGCGUCAGGAGUCACGAAGGUGGAAGGGAAGGUGCUCAUGCAGGACACUGGGAAGAAAGUUCCAGAAGGCAACAGGAGGGAGCAGAGUGGGGAACAGGAAGCAGGAGACGGGAGCCAGGUGAGAAGGCGAGGGCCAGUUCGUUAGAAAGGACAGGAGUGCGAGAGGCACUGGGGUGGGCGCCUGUGGAUCUGGGGACUUGCAGGCUGAGGUGCGGCUUCUCCGCUGUGCCCAGCACUGGUGUCCCUCAGGUGCGCCUUCCCCUGGCCGCAUGUUCCCUCAGUGUCAGUGGCCUCCAGCUAGAUGGCCUCACAUCCACCUCCUACCAUGUCAACCCCAAGGAGGCCACCCUGGCCUGGACCACUCUUAGCAAGUUCAGCCUGCCCGGCAGUGCCACCUGGAAGUGCCCACUGCCACUAAGGAAGGAAAAGCAAGCAGGGUGGAGGAGGCCAGGAGAGACACCCAGGAAGAGGGCAGGAGAGGCCAAGAGCCUCUGGGAGCAGCCGUGGGACUAAGCGGGGAGGCUGCAAUGGCGGGGGGACUCUUCCCAGGCUCGCCUCGUGCCAGCAGUAGUGACAUGAUGGGGACCUGUUGUGCUGACCAGACUGCCCGGUCACGGGAUCUUCCUGUCUACCUUCUCCAGGAACUCAGUCAACAGGCCACCCUUCACCCCUCUUUGGCGGGCCCCCCAGUCUCUAGGUCGAGGGCCCCACCAGGUCAGGGGCAGAGCAGGGCCAGGGUGGCAGGAGCCUCCUGCAGGGUCUUGCCCUGGCCUGUGGGCCCCUCCUCGUGUGCACACAGCCUGUCCUGGAGCUGGGCCAGCACCGGGGAUGAGUGUCUGCUGCUACGGGUCCCGCCCCUCAUCCCAGACCCCCCAGAUCGCCCACGGGACUCAGCAUCCCUUCCGCAAAUUAAUAAAGA